AUGGGAGACGAGGAUGGCUGCAUCUUGGAUUCUAUCGGUUUUGAUCGGUUUUCGUCGACCUCAACCAUCACGGCCCUCAUGGAGAUUACACCUAUGGAAAUUAACCCACUAGUCAACAUAGAAAUGCAACCAGAAUAUUUUGACACACCAUUGGAUGAAAUGGACAUGGACAUGGACACAGAGCAACCUACCAAAAGAAGAAAAAAGAAAUCAAUAGUUUGGGAAUUUUUCACAAUUGUAAACGUGGGUGAAGGCGUUAGAAAGGCCUGUUGUAAACACUGCAAACAUUUAUUCUCAUACGGAAAGGGCUCAAAAGUUUCGGGCACCAGCCACCUCAAACGCCACAUCGCCAAGGGCGGCUGCCCGGUUGCCCUACGUGACCAAAACCUUGACCCGUUAAACCCAUUGGCAGUGACCCCAACGAUCAAAACACCUAAACGCCGGUACAGAACCACCACCACCGCCGCCACUGCCGCCCCAUACACCGCCUUCAACCCCGCCACAUGCCGCCAAGAAAUGGCCCGAAUGAUCAUACUCCAUGACUACCCACUUGAAAUGGUGGAACAUCCAGGGUUCAUGGCUUUUGUUCAUAACUUAAAUCCCGGAUUUGAAAUUGGUAACUUUGGUAGAAUUCAAGGCGAUUGUGGGGCGACUUAUUUGAAAUUAAAGGAAAGGAUUUGGAAUCUGAUUGAAGGAAUGCCGGGGAAUAUUUCUCUCACACUUGACUUAUGGAACUCUUCACAUACAACUGGUUACAUUUUUGUAACCGGACAAUUCAUCGAUAGCGACUGGAAAAUGCAUCGGAAGCUACUAAACGUCGUAAUGGAACCGUACCCCGAUUCCGAUUCCGCCUUCUCCCAUGCCGUUUCCGCUUGUCUUUCCGAUUGGAACAUCGAAGGGAAACUAUUCUCCAUCACUAUAAACCAGCCCGUUAGUGAUUCCGGCCUCGAUAGUCUUCGAAAUUUAAUCUCUGAAAAGAACCCAAAUGUCCUUAACGGUCAAUUACUCCUCACAGACUGCUUGGCCCGUUCUUUAAUGUUUAUCGCGCAAGGCGCGAUAAACGCGGGCCAAGAGACUGUGAAGAAAGUUAGAGACUGUGUGAAGUACGUGAAAACAUCGGAAUCAUUAGAAGAGAAGUUUGUUGCUUUAAAACAACAACUUCAAGUAAUGAGUACUAAAUCUUUAUCACUCGAUGAUCAAACACAAUGGAAUACAACUUACGAAAUGUUGGUAUCGGCAUCGGAGUUGAAAGAAGUGUUUUCUUGUUUGGAUACUUUAGAGCCCGAUUACAAUAAAAUCCCAACUCAUGAAGAUUGGAAAGUUAUCGACAAUCUUUGCACGUAUUUAAAGCUAUUUUACAAUACUGCAAAUCUGCUGACAUCAUCGAGUAUACCUACGACUAAUAUGUUCUUUCAUGAAGCAUGGAAGAUUCAGUUAGAACUCGCCCGGGCCUCCACUAGUGAAGAUGAUGUCAUUAGCAACAUUACAAAACCGAUUCAAGAAAAUUUCAAUAAAUAUUGGAAAAAUUGUUGUUUGGUUUUAGCGAUUGCAGUUGUUAUGGAUCCGAGGUUUAAAAUGAAGUUGGUUGAAUUCAGUUUUACAAAGAUUUAUGGGGAGAAAGCGGUUUCUUAUAUAAACACUGUGGAUGAAGGGAUUCAUGAGCUUUUUUCAAAGUAUGCCGGACAUCCUUUGCCACUCGCUUUACUAAAUGGGGACUCUGGAAUCGGUGAUUCCGGAGCUGUGAAACAAGAAGAUGAUGCGGGUGUGGGAGGAUAUGGAAAUAAAUAG